AUGGUUCGCGGAAGAGCCCCAGCCCGCGGCACCCGCCGAGGGGCGGCCAGCGGCGGCACCGAACGACCAGCAACCGAUGCGCCAGCGCCAGCGCCUACACCAACGUCCACUGACGCUCCGGCUACUUCCACCAGCGAGACGACAACUGCGCGACGCGGGUCUUCCACGCGAGGUACACGAGCCCCAGCUGCGGGACGAUUCCGGCCGAGAAAUGUUCGUCGAGACGAGGCCGAGCGAGAUAGCUUGGCGCGGCAGGAGGAGAAGAAGGCAAGCGAGCGUGCUGCGGAAGAGCGCAGAGCUCGUGGGCGCUCACGUUUCCGCAGCAAACGCAGUCGCGGUGACACCAUGGGAAGAGGAGGUUUCGGUCGCAUCAUUUCGGGGGCCAGCGGUCCAUUUUCCUCGGGCAUCGGAGGUGGCCCGAGCAGAGGUGGCAGCGGGUGGUUUGGGGGUGGUGCCGGUGGCAUCGGCGGUGGCGGCGGCUUUGGCGGUCGCGGGAUGAAGCAUGAGUCUAAGGGCCCCAACUUCGCACAAGGCCGGGACAUCUACAGAGAAGCGCGAAUCAACGCCGAUAAACUACACAUUAUGUCGCCCGAGGAGGAAUUGGACAGCGAAGACGAGGCCAUGAUUGCCGCUCUUAGCUCCAAGGACACUAGCAAAAUGCCCAUGGGUAUAUAUCGCAAGGAGCACAAGAAAACCGGGAUCAUCGUGGCUACAACGGCUGAACUGGAAGCCAAGGAGAAUGCUACCGGUGAGGAGGAGAGCCUCUGGGUGGACGGGGAGUCGGGGACGCUGCCGCCUCAAGACCAGCCCGAGGAGGGUGUUUGGGCGAUGGGCUCUAAAUCUUUAAUUAAGGAGGAGCCUGAAGCAGAAGACUCCAUGGAUGUCGACCUUGAUGCCGUGCCCGAGAUGCAAGAUAGGGCUGCUACUGCGGUACCAGCAAAGGUCAAGAAGGUUGUGCCCCAAGACCCCGAGAGCAAGAUGAUUCAAUCAGAUCUGGAUCUACUAGCUCGGGAGCUUGGCGCCGUGUCUGUCAACGGUGAGAGCGCGCCCGAGCUCGCCAACAAGGACGGCCGUCUUUACUUGUUCCAAUUCCCGCCUCUUAUGCCGCCGCUCAGGGAGAGCAGCACGCCGCAAGGGCCAGCCAAGGUCAAGGCAGAAACCUCGGCGGUCAGCGUGGACGACAUUCCCGCCAUCACGGAUAGCACGGCCGUGGAUCUCACUGGCGAAAACGCCGCCGCCGCCGAUGACGACGAUGAUGAUGAUGAUUCCGACGAGGAGACGGAAGAGGAGCGCGCGCAGGCCGAGCUCAAGCACGGCUUCAAGUCGCAGUUUCUGUCGCAGGGCGGCAUGAUUGGACGCCUCAACGUGCGCAGGUCCGGCAAGGUCGAGCUGGACUGGGGCGGCCAUGUCCUCGAGAUGAGCCCGGCCGCCGGCAUGAACUUUUUGACGACGGCUGUCAUUGUCGAGGAGAGCGACGAGAAGCCAGUGGUCAGCGCCGCGGCGUCGGCGCGCCCAACGGGCGGCGACUGCGUCGGCAUGGGCAAGAUCAUGGGCCGCUUCACGGUCGCGCCCGUCUGGAGCGAGGAGGAGGACUGGAACGUGGCGCCGGAAGAGCUCGAGUGCGCGUAA